AUGGCGGCUGUUGACCCUUUCGACUCGGCACUGGAUCUGCUCCGACGCCUCAACCCCAAGCACACAUCCGAGCACCUGAACUCGAUCAUCUCCCUGGCCCCCGACCUGACCGAGGACCUCCUCGCAUCGGUCGACCAGCCCCUCACAGUCAAGCGUUGCAAGGACACCGGCCGGGAGUUCCUCCUCUGCGACUACAACCGUGAUGGCGACAGCUACCGGUCGCCCUGGUCCAACAAGUUCGACCCUCCCCUGGACGAGGCCGGUGCCGGCGGCGUGAGCGCUGGCGAGAGCGAGGGUGCUGGCGAGGGCGCCGUCCCCAGCGAGAGGGUGCGCAAGAUGGAGAUCAAGGCCAACGAGGCCUUUGACAUUUACAGGGAGCUGUACUACGAGGGAGGCGUGAGCAGUGUCUACUUCUGGAAUCUCGAUGAUGGGUUCGCCGGUGUUGUCCUGCUAAAGAAGUCCUCGACCCCGGGUGGGAGCACCGAGGGUGUCUGGGACUCGAUCCACGUAUUCGAGGCCAUUGAGCGCGGCCGAAACACCCACUACAAGCUCACCUCUACCGUGAUCCUCUCCCUGUCGGCCACCGGGGGCUCCCUGGGCGAGCUGGACCUAAGCGGGAACAUGACUCGCCAGGUGGAACAGGAUCUGCCCGUCGACAACGACGACAGCCACAUCGCCAACGUGGGCCGCCUAGUAGAAGACAUGGAGCUCAAGAUGCGCAACCUGCUCCAGGAGGUGUACUUCGGAAAGGCCAAGGACGUCGUCGGCGACCUGCGAAGCGUGGGCAGCCUGAGCGAGGGCGCGAGGGACAGGGAGGCACAGAGGGAGCUCAUUGGCAGCAUGAAGCGAUGA